CUGCAGCAAGCACCUAGCAUACAGGCUAAAUGUUGAAAACUGGUAAAUUGGCACUUUUUAAACCUACUGUUUUGAGAAUUCUUUCCAUAACUCUGCUCGUUAGUAUGAGGACACUCUGGAAAGACACUCGUUCUUGAGUUUACAAAUAGUCGUGUCAAGAUUUAUGUGUUAUUUAUUUAUUUUUUGGCGUGUACAUCCCAGCUGCCUGGAGGAAAUACAAGAGUCGAGCUGUGGUGAUAUCGGCCUGCUGAACUGCACGGCCAUCGUGAACACCAGCAACGAGUCUCUAAAUGAUAAAAACCCGGUGUCCGACAGCAUCCAUCGGCUGGCAGGAGCCGAGCUGAGAGACGAGCUGCUCAAACUCAAAGGAUGUCGGACCGGCGAGGCGAAGCUGACUAAAGGCUUUAACCUGGCGGCGCGGUACAUCGUCCACACCGUGGGACCAAAAUAUAAAUCCAAGUACAGGACGGCGGCGGAGAGCUCUCUGUACAGCUGCUACAGGAACACGCUGCAGCUGGCUGCGUAAGAACCGUCUGAGACCAGUGUUCAUGAAUCAGAGUCAAGUAUAAACUCCCUUUCAACUGGGUUCAAAGCAACGUGAUACAGAAAUGAUACGAAAUCUAUUUAAGCUGUUGACAGAAUUUUUAGAUUUGAAUUGAUUCCCAUCCGAUAUGGUUUCGUUUUAUAAACAAUAUCGGUUCCUGACGGGUGCAACUAAACACUAAUGUGAUGAAAGAAACUCACAGCUUCACAGUUUUUCGAAAUACAUUCAUUUGAAAGACAGCAGGAAUAAACAACUAAAAAAACACCGUUUGGAAAGUUCAAAUAGGAAUGUUGCAUCUGUCUUUGAGUGGAUAAUAAAAUGAAGCUAAACAUAUUAACUCAUUCAAGCUGUCGCAGUGAUUUAGAAGUGAAGAAUUCAUAAUUUGCCUUAGACCGCACAAUAAAAGCUUCUGAAGUUGGACAUUUUUCAUGAUUAAGGCUU